AUGGUUCGUUCCGACGAUGAAAGUGAUUUCGAUCAGAACGGCGAGCCUCCAAUCAAUCCUUUCAGUGCUUCUAACUGCGAACCCCAUUCCUCUGCUGCGUCUGCACUGAAAGAAGAUUCGUUUCAACUUUCUGAGCGAAGUGCUGCCAUUGUUCGAGCCGCUAAAGCUGCGGGACACAAGCGAUCGGAUUCGAUGCUCUCCGGGGACGAUGACAGCGAUUUCGGGGAAGCUUCGUCUACAGAUCGAACCGGACGAAACGCUUCGUUUGCGUACAUGGAAGAGGCUUCUAUGGAAGCAUCGCUGCUAAAUCAUCUGUCGGAAGACGCUUCGGCUAUGGAGAGCACUCGUGGGGGGACGCUACGGCCAAUGGUGACGAAAUUAUCUCCAAGUGGAAGACUAGGUCGAAGGCGAACAGAAAUUCUAUCAUCUGAUGAGGUAUUGGUGGGAGGAGAUCUGGAAGGAAUAAGAAAAGCUCCCAGCAACGACCUUGACGCAAGCUAUGUAGAAAUGGACUUUGCUCUUGGAGACGCGUUGCCGUCGCCUUAUGACACAAGUGAAACAUUUCCGAUAAGAGAAACUUCGUUGAUGACCUCCACUGAAAUAGACGAUAAUGGACCAAAGAACGUACAAGCCAAAGCCCCUGUAGUGGUUGAUAUCGGCCAGAUCGGAGUUCCGAAUUCUUUGUCCCCUUCGUCGUUGGAACCUACAUACGAGAUCCUUAAGGCGUAUCGGAUAAUUGAUGACCGUACUGUCAGUGAUGAUAUUUUGCCCGGAGCGGAGGCAAAAGUACUCUGCAGCCUUUUUGAUGGUUUUUGCUGUCCACCUCUGGAGCUCGACUCGGCUCGAGCAAUUCUGAAGAUGGAAAUGAGUCGAAUCUAUUCCAAAGACGUCUCAAUUCCAAUUCCCGAACAACCCGUCAUACAAAUGUUGGAAAAAGAUAAUCGUGUUGUUUCUUUACUGUUAUCGGGAGUUGAGCCAAGUCCCGCGAUACUGCAACUUCCACUGCAUUUUGCUGCUUCCUUUUUGCGAAUUCUGGUUCGAUUGCUUACACAUGAAACAGACCCAGAAUACAAUCAAACUUGCUUUUUGAUUGAAAAAGACGUUUUUAUUGACCGUGGCAGCCUAGAGUCACCACCAGUACACCCAGACCACUUUACUUCUCGACCACAUAUGCUCUAUAGCUCAGCUCGAUUUCAAUGUGUGAACGCGUGGAAGGCUCAGAAGAGAGAGCUUGUUUCAGACUCACAAAUUGCUGUAGAGAAGGUUUUAGAUAUAUGGGAACAAGCAGCGGCAACGCCAUCGUGUGCAUUGUUGCUGGGACCAUUGGGACGACUACUAGGUGUCCUAGGGGCUGCUGGGGUCAACGCAAAGACGAUUCGGCGUGUUCUGGAUCUGGGACAGGCUCUAGAGCUGCCCAUUCUUGCACGAGUCUCAAUCGUUCGGGCGCUGACGACAGCUGCUACGGGCUCAUCGCGUUCAUUGAUACUCCCUAAACUUCCACCCGAGAAUUUCUUUCUGUUUGGUCAGCGUGGGUUGAAACGAAAAAUUUCAGGGUUAUCAACUUGGCCGUUUCGAAAUGAUUUCGGAGUGGCGGUCUGGUUCCGUGCCGAGCACUUUGGCUCCUCUUCAAAUGUAACUUUGAUAAGCGCCAGGUCGGAUGAUGGAGGUGGCAUUGAAGUAAGCCUCGUCCCACUUGACGAGAAGACGAAUGAUGUUUGCACCGUCUCAGUUUCGGUAUUCGACUCUGGAAAUGGAAACCUAGUCGCCCACAGUGUGAAAGUUAGUGCUUGUGUCCUCCUGCCAAGAGUUUGGUACCACCUGGCAGUUAGACAUACUCGAUCGCGACUCAAGGGUGUCUUUUCGCUUUCAACUCGACAACAAGUGUCGAUAAUGGUUGACGGGAAGGUGAUGCUUACCGCACCACUUCCAUUUCCAAGGAUUUCUGACUCCGAUUUCGAGAAGGAGUCGAUUUUGCAGUCAAGUCUUCGGAGGGUAACUUUGCGAUCGAGCUUGAACUUAACUCUUGAAUUUGGAUCUCAGUUUGACGGACAAGCUGGAACAGUAUAUAUAUUUAAUGACACCAUCUCCGAUGCCUCUUUUCGUACUCUUUUCGAGCUCUCCGGUGGAAGUUCAGGCGCUCUCAAGCGAUCUUCGAGUCGAAAAAACCGCUGGGAUUCACGGCGCAGUGAAAUCGUUCGAAAGUCAAAAGCGCUCGAUAUGAAGACAUUAAAUGAUGAAGCCGACGAACUUGUUGUUAGUCAACGAAAGAAAUCAGGUUCUCGGCAAAAGGAGAUGAAAGCUCGAGUAGUCGAUCUUCUUGAAGCCGACGAAAUAGACGACAAUGAGCUAGCCCUCGAGUUGCAAAACCCUUCAUUCGGCUCCAAAAUCUUCGUUGUCUGGGACCCAGAAAGAGUAACUGAUUCUUGUUUAGCAAUAGAGCUACACGUAGGUGCACAUGUUCAGCUGGAACAGGCAUAUCGGUGGUUCUCUAAUUCUGCGCAAGACGUCAUAUCUUAUCUUGGUGGCAUGCAGCUAAGUGUUCCUCUCUUCCGGUCUCUUUUGUCAGAUAGGGCUACGGUUACUCACGAGUCGCAGCGCUUAGAACUGGCGUUCGGAUACUCGCUUCAGAGCCUUGUGGAUUUGAUAUCGUCUUGCGUGAAAGAUCACGAUGAAAACGCAAGAGAACUACUUCGGUGUGGAGCCCUGGACGUGUACGAGCAUGUCUUAACUACCUGCCGAAAUUCGUUUUUAAGCAAACCAGACGAAGGAUCUGUGUUUCAAGCACUGAAUUCGAACGAAACAAUUGCCAAUUCAUUCGUUUUGUCGCUUCUUCGACUGCGAUCUGCUUGUGAGCACUAUGUUGGCCUCGAGGCGAAAAUCUUUUCUAGAUUUUUGUUCAACUUCGGACUUUGGAUCGGGACAUCGACAACCGCAUCCGCUCUCGACCUUGCGUUACUUCCGAUUCUUGCCAUAUUAACAAGAUCUAACGGUGAAAAAGUCAGGGAUUGCCUAGGCUCGAAAUAUAUCGUGCAAGGACUCUGCGAGUUGGAGGCGAAGGGCAGUACAAGCAUUGAAGUAAACGAAAUAGCUGCCAGCAAAAUUGACAAGAAAAAUCUGUUUCUUGCAAUGCUGUUUGACAUUCUCGUGAUCGGAACGUCCCCUCGUGAACUUGCCCCAUUUCUAAAUUUUCUUUCGUCUAUCCUAGACGCUCAGCGAUGGGAGACGAUUCCAAGCGAUGGUGGUACCAACGAUCCACAUUCUUCACUUCAAGCAUAUACAAAACGCUUGGCAAUCGAUUGUUCCAUUGUUCUCUUUAUGCUUCUUCAAGUCCGACCACCAGUCAAUGGCCUUUACAUGAGUCUUGCUCAUUGCUGUGGAAGCGUUCAAGGUGGUGCUGCGUGGAUUUUGAGCAGUCUAGUGAACUCAACUGAUGACAACAUUCUCAGUUUGGGCGUGCGCUCAAUAUGCUCGUACUUGGAACUCGCUUCGAAAGGUCCGGAUUCAGGCCUAGCGUUUGGUCCUAUUCUACCCUCCGAGCCGGAGGCGGCCUCCGGGACAGACGUUUCUUCGUCCGUUAGGCGAGGGGCAAAUAGGAUGGCUCAAAUUGCCAAGGGCAUCGCUGCAAUGGGCCCAACCGGGUCUAAGGGAACUUCUCUGUAUCCAAAAUUGACCGCUAGAGUUAUUUUCAAGCUGUUAUGGCACCUGCUAAGAAGCCAUCGCUCUCAUCUGGGGCCAAAAACAAGGGUAGCUCUUCUGUUUUGGAUCAUGAAUGGCAACAAUUUGACGGUUUCGGCAAUUGGAUCUAUUGGGAUUCUUAGAAGAUAUUUUGUAACUGAGGAUGCCAUAUCUGGAUACCAAAUUUCGUUCAUUUGGGCAGAAAAGAAACUCUUGGAAGUGGAGAAUAUUGGCGGGCAUGCCAUUCAAGAUGCUUUGGCCGUUGGGACUGUGCUCCGGCUGCUUCGUUAUCUGGAUAGUCGGGUGAAAGACCAAUGGCUCUCCGAUCUGUUAGAUCUUGCCCGCGGCAAUAGAAAGAGUUUAACAGUGUUGGCAUCGGUCAGUGAUUGGGAAGCAAGCUUAUUUCACCUCGCGUCGGAAACUCUCGAAAGUUUUGUAGCUGCCCAAAAUCAGGUUGAUUUUGAAUCUAAAACAAAAUCGGAGGAAUUCAACGCAACGACCACGGAGCGAUCUGACAAUAUGUCUACAGAGCUGUCAUUUGUUUUCCAUGAGCAAAACAGCGACUCGCUUGAUGCUCUGAGAAGCCGAUUGGACACAUGCAUUGAUUUAUAUGCGACUCUGUUAGGUCAUAUACUUCGAGAAGGAGGAAACAAAGCUCUUUCUGCUCUAGAAAACGUGUCCGCUUUGGAAAGGGUGUGUGUCAACGGACACACUGUCCUUCUCCUUCUUCUAAGUAGCUUAUGUGCAAAUGUGUUUGAAAACGGAACUCUGCUCGAAAUCGGGUCAAUUAGCGCCGAAGAUUGGCACGAUGUCGAUCUCGAAGCAGAGAGCCUUCCAUUGAAACAGAGCGCUCGCCUGGUAACUGACGCUAUCUUGUCAAACGGGAUGAAGGGGUUGGACAUGACAACAGCUGUCCGCAGCUGGCGAUCUUUAAGACAUUUGACCGAGGUGGUAGUUGCUCUAGCCACGAAGAGCGGCCUCGGCGUCGCUAGCCUCUUUGACUAUAGCAGUCAAAAAGCAUCUGCAGUGGACAUCGUUUCCAAUGGACUUCACGGAAUACAUUUGCCUGAGUCGAAGGUGAAGGGUAUCUCGGCUUACGAAUAUGGUGACAUGGUGAAAGCAAUAAGAGAAAGUGCGCUAGAUGGGGCUGAGAAAGGACAAGAUAUAGACCGGAGAUUAUGUGUCAAUAUCGCUGCUCAAGUUUUAACUCUGUUAGACGCUUUCAUUUUUCCUGAUUCGCUUGAUUCGUCGCUUCCUGCGUCCCAUAUACACGGUCUCGCUUUGGUUCGCAGCUCCGAACCCAGACUAGGUCCGUCGCAAGGGACACUGCUCGCAUCGGCGAUUCGAUUGUCUUUGAUACUUCUCGCUCUAUUGGAACCGAGCAGCGUUAAGCUUUUGCAGUGCGCGAGCCGAUUAAAGUGUCUCUUGUUUUGGGCUCUGGAACUUGUGCGAGAAGAACCAAGUUUGUCUGAGGUUGUGGUCCAGGGAAAUAUGGCGAUGGUUGACAGGCUUCUUUUGGCUACAGUCCUGCAUUGCCACAGAGCGCUUGGGCGCUGCUCCGCGUUGCUCAUAGAAGUCGAAUCCAGUCCUUUCGAAACGUAUUUUGCAUCCCGAGAGGACCAGAAAAGACACCACCGUCGCCUCUUACGUGUUUCUUUGGAGUUAAGGGACAUUGCAUCCACAGUUUUUCGAGGUCGCAACCAUAUUCUGAAGAGUUCCCUGUCACCUGCAGCGUACGGCGAUCUUCAAGCCAGCCUCGAAGGAGACCACAGAAUUCAUUCAAAGGAAGGUGUUGUUAGGGAGUUUCUCUGCAGUCGAUGGGUGACGAAGUAUCAGGAUAUAGAAACAAGAGCAGAUAUUGCUGUACCUGAGCAAGCUACGAUGGGUACAAUAGCACUAAAUAGCGAAGGACCUACGGUGCAGGGAUUCAUCGUAAUCGAAAAGUUAGCGCAAGAGGCUGAAGCAAUUGUCGUGGACUAUGAGAAAGCCCUGCACAGUUGCUUUGAAAGCUAUCUUGAAAGUCAAAGGAAAUGGGCGGAAACGGACGCUGUGCGUGACUUGGAAUACGAUGGCGAUACAAUCACCUCGCGAUUGUCCGAUCGACAUGAUAGUGCUAUUGCAGAGCUGACAAAGGCCAAGUCUCGCCGUCGCAACCGCGCCGAGCUUAGAUGGCAUCGUCUCGAGCGGAAAGUUGUUGAACCAUGGAAGCUAGCAGCUCAUUGGAAGCUAGCGCAAUAUAGCGAUCCAAUCGGUCGACGGCUUCUUAUGGUUCAAAACAGAUACUUCGACUCACACGAGGAUGCGAGCUACGAAGUAUCUUUGGGAAAGGAACGUGACAGGGAAGAAGAGUAUCGCUCAUCCGUCCGUCUUGAGAGAGAGAAGAAAGAUCUGGCUGAAGUGAUGCGUCGCAAUGCUGAUGCAUUUAUCGUUGAAAACCCUGUAAUGGAUUGCGAACCUGUCGAAGAUGAUACGAUGCACGCUGUGAGUGACAGCGAAGGUUCCACCGAUCUGGAAUUGGUUUCAGACACUGAAUCGAACGAUGUGUUUGGCAGGAAAGACGCUGAUGACACUUCGGCGAAUUCAGAUGGGAAUCCCGAUGAAGUCCAACGUGAUGAGGAAUGGGACAAGAUCGGAGCCAGCGAUAUUGAUAAUAUUGGUGCGGACGGUGAUAUCGAUGGCUGGGCGAAGAUAUUUAUGUGGUCAGAAAGCGAAAGCGUUGUCGCUCGAUUUGAAAAUGUCAUGCUUAUUGAGCUCCGUAGUUACACAGAAGGAAAGGUUCUGUUGACAAAUCACGGUAUAUACUUUCGUCAGAUCAGCGACGAAAUGAAUGUAAUGACCAAGGAACCGCUGGGAAUGGACGAUACUGGACCCUCAGAGACAAAAGAUCGACGCUGGAGACUGUGUCGCCUGUCGGAAAUUCAGGGUCGAAGAUACAUGCUUCGACAGCAAGCUCUGGAAAUGUUUUUUGCAGAUGGACAAGAGCUUUUCAUCAAUUUUCCUGCGGGUGGAAAAGACAGAGAUCGAUUUUAUGCCAAGAUACGAAAUAGCUGCAAG